CAGUUCGCCUCCUGGGACGAGGUGAACGUGAUCGCCCACGGGCUGCUGCAGCUCGGGCACGGCCUGAAGGAGCAUGUGGACCGCACCAAGGGGCAGAUGCGGGAGCUGGGGAGCCGCCUGAGCGCCCACAACAGCUCCAUGGGGCGGCUGCUGCGGCAGGCGCGGGAGGCGCAGGAGCGGGGCGAGCGGCUGCGGGCCAGCGUGCGGGAGCUGGAGGGCCGCGGGCGGCAGCUCCUCAACCUCUCCGAGACCCUGCGGCAGCGCCUGGAGGAGGUGGCGGCCGACAAAGCCGAGAUCCAGGGGCGGCUGGAGCAGCUGGAGGGCCGCGUCCGGCAGGCGCUGCAGGCACGGCCGCCCGGGAACCAGAGCGCCAAGGACCUGGGAGCGCUGCAGUCCUUGAUGGAUGCGCAGAACUCACGGAUUGAGGAGCUCCUGCAGAAGAUCAAGCAGCAGCAGUACAAGUUGGACAAGCAGAAUCUGCAGAUUAAAAGCCUGCAGAGCAAGGUCAAUCUGCUGAUCCCCUUACACCUGAAGGACAACAAAACGCAGUCUCCGAAGUGGAAGAUAAAUCUGAAGAAGAACCUCAGCCUCACCAACCAGAGCCAGAAUGCCAGUGGGGAGCCUGUGCCAACGCAGAAGCUCCCAGAAGAUUGCCACCAGCUCUUCCUGGCCGGGCAGCAAAGCAGCGGUGUUUUCCAGGUGCAGCCUGCAGGGUCUCAGCCUUUCAAAGUCUACUGUGACAUGACCACAGAAGGUGGCUGGACAGUGAUCCAGAGGCGCACAGAUGGCUCUGUGGACUUUGACCAGCUUUGGGAUGCCUACAAGAAUGGCUUUGGAGACCUGGGUGGUGAUUUCUGGCUGGGCUUGGAGAAGGUACAUCACCUUGUCCAAGAAGGAAGAUACGAUCUUCUGAUUGAGCUGGAAGACUGGGAGGGAAAUUCUCAAGUAGUUCAGUUUGUCUUCAGCCUUGGUGGUGAGAGCACAGCCUACACGCUCAACUUGCUGGGACCUCUGUCUGGAGAGCUGGAAAAUGCAAUCGGGGACUUCAGGCAGCUGCCCUUCUCCACUCGGGAUCGUGACCACGAUCUCAAAGCUGACACAAACUGUGCCAAACACCUCUCAGGUGGCUGGUGGUUCAGCACCUGUGGCCAUGCCAACCUCAAUGGGAAGUACUUCCGCUCCAUUCCCCGCCAGAGGCAUGAGCGCAAGCAGGGCAUCUUCUGGAAGACAUGGAAAGGCAGGUAUUACCCACUGAAGUCAACCACCAUGAAAAUCCAACCUGCAGCACUGGAAGCAGAGCCCUAAAGCUGCCAUGUGAGACUUGAUCUUCUCUGUGGAGCACAGACCUGAGCUCCAUCAUUUGGUGUUUACAGAAAACAAACCCACCCUCCCCAGGAAGUCCCUGGAGGAGCAUUUCUCUUGGUUAGCAGCCCUUUAGUGGCGGGACACAGCUCCUCACUCUUAAAUAAAACAGCUCCAUGUUGCUGAAACCCCUGGAUGGAAGCUCCUAAACCAGAAGAGGAGCCACCAGCAGGGAGAUCCACCUCUAGAGCAUGUACAAAGGUCUUCCAACCUGCCAUGUGCUGCUGUGGCAAGUUCAAGUUGUGUAGUGCUUUCUGUCCUGUUUGAACACUUCUGUGCUGGUUUUCAUGAGCUGGGGCUGGGGGAAAGGGGAGCAUGUGAAAUGUUUCACUAACCUGCACCCGGAUGUUGGGUACGGAGCCUCACUGUCUCUCACUGUUUCCCAUGUACCCUUCUGUGAAAGCCCCCAGAGCCUCCUUCCCCCGCUGGUGCUGGGGGGCAGUGAGCCUUAGGCAGCUCCAUCUGUGCAGCCGCUGCUCUGGUGACUUCAGCUUGCUGAGAGUAUGACUGUUGGUGGGAAGGCUGAAGGACACCCUGUGCAGAAGGAGACUUCAGGCUCACUUGGCUUCCCUGGCCCCUAUGGCUUUGAAGUCCUGUGUUUCUGGCUGUGCUGGGGUUUGCUGGGAGCUGGGGAAAGCACUUCCAGCUCCAGGAGAUGAUGGGUGGGUUCCCGCAGCCCUGGAGGGUUGAGUCUUAAGGUCUGCCUGAAGCCUACUAGUGCUGCUGGGAGUGGUCAGGAUGAGCACUGGGACAGCACAGGUACAGAGCAGUGACUGUCCCUGGGCAGGACCAGCCCUGCUGUCAGCUCUACAUCACCCUGGAGGGCUGCCUUCUCCCCAAAGACUCCCCAUACUUUGCAGAGUGAAUAGCACCAUCCCAUGUGCAUGCCCCAAAACUGGCUGGGGGACAACAAGGUUUCUCUGCAAGAGCUGCACCACCUUGUUGGGCAUGUACCCUGAGGUACAGCAUUGCCUCUGCCUUGGGAGUCCGGGGAGAGGUGGGCAAAACAAGUCCCCAAAAAACUAUUAGGGGCCAAGCUGCCGUCUUGGGGCUUCCCAAGCAUCCUGCCCUAUUGAGGUCAUAUUGACUACUGUGCUAGAGCUCCUAGCUGCUAAAUACUGUAAAUAGUCAUUUGUAGGAUGUUGGAUCUUGUUGAUGAAUUUCCCAUUUUAAUUUGUUUCCAUAUUUAAAUGCAGUGUUAAUGUGGUGUAAUUUAUAAAUGUUGAUACUGGAAAAAAAAACAACUGUAGUUUGUGUAUUUUAAACUUUUUUUUGUACUAAAAUAUCUUUUCUGAAGAUGCCUUUUAAUAAAAACAAACCUGUAA